UAUCACUUUUUUCGUUCUUGUUGUUAUGUUCCUAAUUUUUGUUAUCAAUACACACUACCCAAUUAAUUCAUUAAUUUUUUAACACAAACGAAUUAUUUAUUAAAAAUGAAAGUGAACGAAAUUCUUCCUUUUGACAGUAAUCUUCUUGAUGUUUCCAUAAAUCUUCGCCAAUUGGAAACUAUUGCCAAAGAAAUUUCUAGUCGUGGUCAAGUGAGUAGAUUAAACGAAGUUAUUUGGGCAAUUAAAGCUCUUACCCUAACUGACCUUACGACCCUUUCUGGUGACGACACUAAAUCAAAUGUGUCACGCCUUUGUGUUAGAUCAGCAUAUCCAUUACCACUUCAUAUAUUGGACAAACUAGAACCAGCUCUAACAAAUAAUCUCCAUACUGGAGCUGUUUGUGUUUAUCCAUCUCGAGUAGCUGAUGCAUAUGAAACCUUUACUCAACUUAAGAAAGAGUCGAAAAUUCCAAUUGCCGCUGUUGCCACUGGUUUUCCAACUGGUCAAUAUUCUCUUGAAAGUCGUCUGAAAGAGAUUGACUUCGCCAUAAAAUCUGGUGCUGCAGAAAUCGAUAUUGUCAUUAAUCGACAACUUGCUCUUUGUCAAGAAUGGCAAGGUGUCUACGAAGAGAUUUGUGCAAUGCGAACAGCAUGUGGGGAUAAAGCUCGAUUGAAGACUAUUCUGGCUAUUGGUGAACUCGGAACUAUGGAGAAUGUUUACAAAGCCUCUAUGGUAGCAAUGAUGGCUGGAGCUGAUUUUAUCAAAACUUCAACUGGAAAGGAAGCAGUUAAUGCUACUAUACCAGUUGGAUUGGUGAUGAUAAAUGCCAUUCAAGAGUUUCAAAGAAAAACAGGACAAAUUGUUGGUUUGAAGCCUGCCGGAGGAGUUCGUACAGUUCGUGAAGCAAUUACAUGGAUGACCUUGGUUAAGGAAACACUCGGAAUGAAAUGGUUGCAACCAGAGUUGUUCCGUUUUGGAGCAUCAGGUCUGCUUGAUGAUAUAGAGAAGGUUGUCCGAAAGGGAUUAACUGGAAUUGAAUUGUCUAAUGUACCAGUUGCAGCAUACUGAAAUUUGCUUUUAAAAUACAAUGUGUUCAAAUUUUCUACUUUUUGUACUUUUUAUGUCUUUAUUAUUUUAAUUUGUUAAUAUUAUCUAAAUAGAAAAAUGCAAUACUCUUUGUUUUUAUAAAAA